AUGGCUAAGAAGAGGAAAGAAUUGAUCGAGAAUGAUGGAGACCGAACAGCGAGAUCAACGGCUGCAAUAUUCAGGAACAUAAAAACUAGCGAUCUGAUAUUGCAAGAGGAAGGAAAAAAAACCGAUAAAGAUGAGAAGGUAGACAUGCCCAAUGAACCAUUAGGCAACUCACAAGAUGAUAUAAAUGAUGCAGGCUUUCCAUUUAAUUAUAUAUAUAAAUUUCAGGACUAUUUAAAUCAACACAUGAAUCUUUUGAAAUCAGCACAAUUAUUGGUUUUCGGAUUUUUCAUACAAUUAAUAUAUUUAAGACAAGAUAAAUUCGAUCAUGCAAAAAAAUCAUUGCCAAUGAUGCUUUUUAGUUGCGCUGGUGUGCUUUCUUGUACCGUUUUGAGUAUUGUAAAAAGCAAAGAAGAGACUAUUCAUGUUCCAGACUUUAACUACUUCUAUAGCAUCUUGAUUCCAUCAUUAUUUAAUAUUGUGCAUUACGAUCCAAGUUGGAUGUUAAUUAACAAUUCCUUAAACUAUUUCAUUGUCGACAAAAUGCAUCCGAUUUUCAAUUUAAUAUCAAGUGUUAUAUUUUUUGUCAUCUAUAAAGAAGAGUCAGGUGAUACAAUUACUGUAUUUGAGUUUUUACAAAUAUCAGCUGCUCAUUUUUUAUUCAGUUAUGCACUUCAUUCUGUUAAUACUGCUCAAGCACUUGGGGGUCAAAAAGACAAAGUAAAUGACAAUAGCAAUAAAUUAGUGUUUGAAAAAUCUUUGAGAAAUUCAGAGAUACAAUUAAUUUGUUUGUUAAUAGUCAACAUUAUUUUCAAUCCUGCUAUAACAAAGGAUUCUAUUCCAUUACAAAUUUUUCAGAAAUUAUUGAUAAGUUUGAUAAUCACUUCGUUUUUGGCAUACCCAAUUCAUUCAUACUUGAAUGGUUUAAUCAAUAUAGGGGUCUUUGGAGCAAUUUUUUGUGGCUUGACCAUAUUUCAAUUACAAACAAUCCUUGGAAAUAACGCUUUAAUCUGGUUAUAUGAAUACGUCUCAGAUGAUCCUGAAAAAGUGCAAAUUUUGAAAAUUUGGGUUUCACUGGCAUUAAUUAUCAUACCAUUGAUUUUCUACUUAGCAGAUAAAUUCAGUUUGAACACAAGAAGAAAAAUUUGGCAUUUAGUUAUUAUUGUGGCAUUAACAUUCAGCAAUAACAUCUUAUUUAAUCAAGUAGAAUUUACAAUAUUAUCAUUAUUAGGAAUGAUCAUUGUUUUCCUAAUUUUAGAAAUAAUCAGGUACAAUGAAAUCAGUUUUAUUGGAAGCUUUUUAAAAAAUUCAUUAAAUAAAUUUCAAGAUUUAAAAGACUCAGGACCAUUUAAUUUAUCAUAUAUAUAUUUGUUAAGUGGGGUAAUCCUUCCAAUAGUUUAUGAUUACCUUAUGAACAAAAAUAAAGUGACUAUCAUUAGAUACCUUGGACUUAUAGCUUUAGGGGUUGGUGAUUCAUUUGCAUCCAUAAUUGGUAGAAGAUUCGGAAGUUUAAAAUGGAAAGGAAGUAAUAAGUCAGUACAAGGUACAAUUGCAUUCAUAAUAACUACAUUCAUAUCCAUAAACAUCGUAGAGUAUUAUAAUAUUAAGAACAAAGAUUAUGAGCCUAUUACCAAUUGGGAAAAUGCUUUGGUUUCCAUUUUAUUAGGUGGUGUUCUUGAAGGUACGUCAAACAUUAAUGACAAUUAUUUAAUUCCUACAUUCAUUCCAAUUGCAUACGAGUUGUUGAGUAGAUGUUAUUAG